AUGCCGGCGACUGAGGCAGGGAGUUCGGAGAACCAGCCGAAUCCCUCUCAACAGGCAGAAGAUGAAAAGUUCCAACAGGAUCGGGCACAAUUCGACGAGGUACUCAAUCUUAUUCUCGGGAGUUCCAGCUAUGUAAUGGGAAUGAUGCAUGCAAACAUGGAGAAGGCCCGGAAACAUGGGAAAACCAUAUCUGAACUUCAUGGCCGAGCAGAGAGAGGACGCGAAAUGUGGAGGCUGUGGAUUGGUGAAGUAAAUGUGAACGGAGGGAAUGCUAUGAUAGAAAUGCAGGAGAUUGGUGGUGAUGGAGCAAACGUGGAUGAAAGAGAAAACGAGGCAUCCAAUGUGGAAGGUGGCCAUUGCGAUCACAGACUGUGGGAGUCAGUGUUCAAAUAUCUGGAAGAAAUCAAAGAUGCCAGAAAACGAGGCCUUGAUCUGGUAUUCAUUGAUGAGACGUGGCAUGAUACGCGGCAUGAUACGCAUACCCACGCCCUCUUGGCCCACGGCCUCGACCUCGGGGACCACCACGUCCACGGCCACGACCACGGGGGCCAGCGAAUGCAGCAGCACCGCCGCCGCCGCUGCCACCACCACGCGGUGCUCCCUCACGUGGAGGCUUCCUCUUGGCCUUUGGUGUCCACCAGACUCGUGAAGGUUCAGAUGGACAGAGGUGAGAGCAGAUGGCUAGGUGACAUGCAUGGCUUGGAUCUAGUUGCUACUUGCAUGAUGACGUUGGACAGCCCAAGGAGCAAGUUCGCAUAG